AUGAUCGAACUACAGGACUUUGAUAUAAUCUAUGCACGGGACUUUUGUGAUUAUGAAGAAGAAGAAGAAAAGUGCCCUUCAGAACGUUGGUCCCUCAAAUAUGACUUGGAUCAACUUAUAUACCGUCCGGACAACAUCGAAGAAAAGGAAGAAGACGACGAAGUUAAAACUAUUCUCACAAGUUCAUCCGGGGAUUCGAAAAAGUUAGGAUUCGAAGAAUCUGAAUCCGUAGAAAGUUUGACGCAUCCAUGCUUGAAAGCAAUCAGUAUAAGCGAUUCGCAGCUUCAGUUCUUGAAUCUUUACAAUUUUUUUCCGGUACCGAAAGAUCCCGGUUUGAGAGACGCUUUUUGGAUUUUGUAUCCAAGUCCACCUGAUUAUGCUGCCGAUGGAAUCGAUAAGUUCCAUGAUUUAAUUGACAUAUUUAAGUUGGCGCCAAUAGGGUGUUUGAAAAAACAACUAAAGAGUGACACAGUUGAUUUAUCGUAUUUUUCAUUGGAUUCAAGAAUAAUUCAACCUUUAUGUCAAGCUUUAAUUUUCAAUACGACAGUACAAACUUUGAAUUUAAAAGACAAUAUAAUUCCAGAAAAAGAUUGUUUUUAUUUGAAUAAUUUAUUACUCCGGAACUCAAUUUUGUCAUCGUUAGACUUAUCAUAUUGUAAAAUUGGCAGCGAGGGUGCAAGAAGACUUAUAGAAGGUAUAUCCAUUUCUUCCUUGAGGCAUAUUAGUUUGCGACGAUGUGAUUUGCAUGCCGAAGGUUUCUCGUACAUCGCUAAAGCCACAAGCGCCAAUGCUUUGCUAUUAAGUCUCGACGUUUCCGAUAAUAAUCUCGAUGAGAACUCAGCAGAUCAUAUUAGUUAUUUAAUAAGCAACACCGACUCUUUAAAAAAGCUUAAUCUUAGUUGGAAUAAUUUGUAUAGCAAAGAUACUUGUGAAAAAAUGUUUAAGGCUUUAAUCAAAAAUACAACGAUUACUGAUUUUGAUCUGUCUUGGAAUGCAAUGAACCAAGAGGGAAUAUUUUCACUUACCAACUUUAUUAUUAAUACAAAAACUGUUGAGAGACUCAACUUAGAAGCUAACUGCUUCAGCGAUAAUGAAGUCUUGGUAUUAGCUAAAGCCAUAGUAUCUAAUAACUCAUUGAAAGAAAUAUUGCUUAGCCAGAAUUUAUUCAGUCCUAAAGGAAUAGCAGAAUUCAUCAUUGCAAUAAGUAUAGAUAAUUUUGUAAAAACUCCUUUGCACAUUCUUGAUUUAGAAAACUUUUGGACCACCAAAAAUGCCAUCCCAGCAUUAGACCAACUAAAAAUUCUGAAACCAAACUUGAACUUGAAGUUAGGAGGAAUUUUGGAAAAUUUCUUAAUUAUUGGACCUGAUUUGAGAGAACUCUUUUUUAAACAAGCUAAUUUUGAUGCAAUGAACCAGAAAAAUAAAAAAGAAAGGAAAAAUUUUGGUCAUUUUAUACUUUCACUGAAUGAUGAAAUUAUACCGAGAGAUGGAUUUGAGGCAUUAGUAAAACAGUCUGGUAUUAAAUUGUCAGAAAAUCUAAUAAAUGAAAUUGCAAAACAAUUCCUAGUUACAAGAAGAAUGAUAAAUUUACAAGAAAUGAAAGUAUCUUACUUAUCUUACUUUCCUGAUACCAAGUUACCUCUACCACAGAAACUAGGAUCAGAACCAGAGGAAGAAGAAAAAGGACUUAGAUUAUUAGAUAUUAGUUUCCAGCACAUUGAUUAA